UCAGCUGUCGGAGGCGUAUUAAUGAAAACAUACGUUUUAUUUCUGUUUUGUGAAUAAAAAUACGGAAAAAGUUAAUAAAAAUCUAGUACAAAAAUGACCGAGAAGAAUACUAUCCUGCAUGAACUAUACGUUUUCUCCGAAUGGAAGCCAGAACCAGAGUAUUUACAAAAAUCUGACAAUAUAUUUCCGGAAAAUAUAUCAGCCUUGUGGAAAUGGCUUAAAUUUUUCGGUCCAAAAAAGAGUCUUAUAGAUAGUGUUACUGCACACACAGAAAAACAACAGAAAUGGCAUAUUGCUUUAGGAGACGAAGGAAAAGUAGUUGCAGUACUAACUGACAAUAUAUUAGAGAUCAGAACCAAGCGCUCUGACUAUGCAACAAUUGCAGCAAGAACAACAGUUUCCAGAGAUCCAUAUGCUCAAUGGAGGAAAGUCGUUUGGAGUCCCGACUGUUCAUUUUUAGUGAUUGCAUAUGGCAAUGGCGUUGUUAGUUUCUUUGAUCUCACUGCUUCAAAUUUAUUCAACAUUCCAAUUGAUUGUUCUCGUCCUGGAGGCUUGGAGUGCAUAGACAACACUCAUGCUGUAUCUGAAAUAAUAUUCAUGCCCCUUCGGGUUAAGGAUACUAAAUGGUCAUGGGAAGUGCUAGUAAUCACAUACGACGGCAAGUUGCGCGGCUUCCUAGUGUCGCAGACGGAGGGCUACAAGCUGCACCACACUUUUCAGUUCGCGGGCGGCGUGUCGGCAGCUGCGUAUUGUGGUCCGCAUGGAACUUUGUAUGUCGCUGGUGUACCUCAGGCUGUUUAUAAGGAAGCGAGUUCACCCUUAUGCGCCGGCCUGACGGCAUGGCGCAUCCUAAAUGACGAGCCAUUCUACAAGUUAUCUGUAGUUUCUGAUGAGCUGGAGGCAAAGCUGGCCAAUGAACGCUAUAAGCUCUAUAUACCCUUUGUUUAUUCCAAGAACAUGAACUUCAUAGUCCGCAUGGUGCCAUCACCAGACAGCAGCAAGCUCGCCUGCAUCCAUUGCAAUGGUGAUGUCUCCAUAUGGAGAUUACCACUACUUCGUGGAGACUACAGGCACAAGCUGGUCGAACAAGCGGAGUUCGACCUGCAAAACCCACUGGUCAAGGAGCCCAUCGCCAAAGACCAGACGUUAUACUAUCCUGCUGAUGUAGAUUGGUGGAGUGAUAAGGAAAUUAUAGUGUCCCGAUUCAGUGGAGCGGUGUCAGUAUGCGGGAUUGAGGACAUGAUUAAUAUUUUGGGUAAAAAACCUGAGUUCUUUCAAGGCGCUCCUCAGGUGCGAUGUGCUCACGAUGGAGCUUUUGUAGCGCUAGAGUGUGAGUCCAACGUAGUACCCGCUAAUAAGACCCGUAGUGAUGAAUCGAUGGCAGUUGUGAAAUCGGAAGCCGAAGACGAUUCAAUGCUAGAAUCGGGCAAGGAGCUCUUCAAGUCUGUGCUAUACGCGAUCACGGAUAUGGAGACAUUCCAACCGAAACCCAAGAAGAUCACCAUUGCCUCUCGCGUGUAUAGGUUACUGGGGGUUAAGAGCACCACACCGACGGAAUUGUUUUCUAGAAAGAUUGAGAGCGGCAAAUAUUCUGAAGCUCUUACCCUCGCAGAAGCGUUUGGGUUGGACAGUGAUCUAGUGUAUCAACAGCAAUGGAGAAAGAAUCCGGUUUCUACUGACGCUAUACAGAAUUAUUUGAGCAAAGUGUCGAAAAAAAUCUGGGUAGUACAUCAGUGUGUGGAUCGAAUUCCGGAGAGUCUUCCUGCGGCCCGCGCUCUUUUGGACUUUGGGUUGCAACUCACAGCUACUGAUAUCUUGGAUGAAAUAAACAAAGACCUACCGGAAGACGAAUGGAAGGCGCCUGAUGAUAUCACCUUGGAGGAUCUGAAUACCUACACCAGUGAACUGUUGCGUUGUCGGCAUGUGAUGAUAUUCUAUAAGGAGAGACUUAACCUAUAUGAGGCAAUCCUCCAAUGCGAAAAGUCUACGUACAUAAAAGACGAAUACCAUAGACUUCGUAGCAACAGCCUAGUUUAUAGCGCGUUGGAAAUUGCGAAAGAAGGUCGCAUAGAAGCUCUCACUUGUCUAUGGCCGUAUAUAAAGAGCUUGUCCAUGCAAUUGGCUGUAUUGGACAAGAUACCAGAGUCAGCUAAUCCAAUGAAUUAUCAGCAUUUAUUGCCAACUAAGGAACCUAUAGUUUGGUUCGAAAAGAAAUCGCCGAUUAAAAUAAAGCCAUCUGAGCAUGAGCAUGAUUGGUGCAGGAAAGAGAUUUUCAGACCAAUCUGGAAUUCGAAUUGGUCAGAAGACAUGACACCCGAAUCCGAAAACACUCUAUCGGAAGAGGAUAUCUCAGAAUGGUACCAACGACGUGCGCGUGAAAUCGAAGAGCGCAGUGGUCUAGCCUCUCAUGCACUUACACUUAUCACUAUCGCCACUGUAGGGGGCAGGGCCAAGGGCAUGGAGACUAUACUGUUCCAUUUACUGACCCUGGCCACGCUUCUGUAUGAGCUCAAUGUGGAAAAUGUGACGCUGGCUGAUCUGGAGAAAAUGGAUGUGCUGGAUGUUUGCAAGUUGUUGACGAAAUUUUCGACAACAGAGACGUUCCUAGCGGACCUGCGCAACUUCGUGAUGCCGUUCCUCAAGCGGCACGAGUCGAUCUUGCGCCAGGAGGGACUUGCUGUAUCCAACCUGAUCAACUUCCUGGAGAAGCUUAGUGAGGACGACCUAACACUUGUGCUUGAGGUAUUCCGCAACAAGCGCGAGUUUGCGCUUGAAAGAGACAUGCUUCUAGAGCUGGCGGAGCGGUGCAUUCUCGCGCACGCGCACACGCACCAGCUCAGCAUGGCGUGCGAUCUGCUGCACUGCAUGCUGAAGGAGAGCGACGGCGCGGUCCCGUCGAACUACGUGGUGCAGCGCGUGUCGGAGCUGGAGCGCAUAGUGGCCGGGUGCAGCAAGCUGACGUGGCGCGGCGUGGCGGUGGCGCCGCGCGAGCUGCGCGACGUGCUGCCCGAGCGCGCCCACUGCGUGCGCCUGCUCGCGCGCCUCGCCCGCUCGCACGACGUCGAGCCGCACGUGAGCGAAAAAGCAAAACAACGUGAAUGGAAUAGCAUUCUCAAGGACAUGUUGGAUCUGCAGCAUACAAUAUUCGAUUGUAUCACUCGCGAGGAGUGUCACGAAAUCUACGCAUCAGCCCUCCUAACAUCAGGUGACAUGGACAGCAUCCGCAUGGCUGCAGAUGUACUAACUUGCAAUCCACACAUGCGCUAUGGUUCCCACGUGAUAGAUUAUGAGAAUACGGUCAAGUUAGUGCUUGAAGCCGCUAGGGAGUAUUUUAACUCGGCGUCUUCGCUUACAGACCCUUCCCUGCAAUUGGCUAGAUCCUGUUUAAAUUUAAUCGAGCGAGGACAUCCUGAAGUGGAAGAAGAAAUUGAUCUGAUAGAAGCCCUGCCCAUACUUAAUGCGUUCAGGAUUAAACUUUUGCCUAUUCAAAUUCGCCUCUGCGAAGAUCGUAUGAAGUUGAUUGAAGAUUGUCUGAAAUCUGAGUCGAGCUCGUUCCUCGCAAGUGAGAAAUUACUGCAAGUGGCCAAGAUGUUAAGAGUUGCGGGCGAUGAUGAUGAGGCUAGGGAGGGCAUGGUGCUCACGCAAGUGUGCCAACAAGCGCUGGGCGCGGGUUGCGGGGCGGGGGGCGGGGCUACAGCUCUGUCCGGCGCUCGGCGGCUUGCUGCUCUGCGCUGGUCCCAAGCAGCGCACGUCCUGGCUGGUGUGGCUAGAGCUGCUCCACCGCACACUGCUCCGCAAGUGCGGGCUGAUCUGUUCGCAGCGGCUCUUGCGUUCUGCCCGUCGGAAGAGCUGGAAGAGGUGCUGCACUCUAGAUUAAAAUUAGAGCUCGAGAGUCUACAACCGAAGCCAGUCCAACCUGACUACCGACAUGGGUACCGCUGGCCCUCUACGGAUGACGAAUUCUCUGAUGCAGUUAGCACGCCCGUUACAGAGAGGAAAGAUAUCCUGACACCAGCGCAGUCUGAAAAGAAGCCAUUGCUCAAUUACCUAGUGGACACUAUUCAAAAUAAAUUUGUUGCUGGGGAACGCACACCGGAAACGGAAGCGGACUUGAUCCAACAGAAAGUGCACUGCCAAGAGUUCUACUCGAGCCUGUACCCGCAGCUCGAAGUGACGAACAACUUCUACCGCUACGACAAGUUCUCGAUCGACUCGCAAGUCGCACGCGACUCGCCGCACUCGCGCCUCAAGCGGUACUACAUUCAGAGCUGUCUGGAAGACGAUCGAGUUGCGGGAGAGAAUGAGACCGAAGUGGUACAAAAGGUCGCGGAGGACCUCCUAUACAAGGACACGGCGCUCAGCGUGGCGUGCUUGCUAGCCGGCACGCCGAGGGGUUUGGGGGUUGAGGGGUCGGAGGUGGGGGAGGGGGUUGUGGGUUCAGGGGGUGACGGGGUCGUGGCGAGUGUGGGCCACUCGGUGCCGGCGCUCAGUGCGAGCCUGUACGCGCAGCUGCUGCGGUGUAAUGCGCCCACAUUGCGCGAUAAUGUGUACCUCGCGAGACCUGCUGAGAUGGCGAUAACAACGCUAAAGGACAACAACGGCACGGAGGCGCAAGUGCGCGCGAUCGUGCGGUGCCUGGCGCAGCUGGCGGCGCUGCGCGAGCUGACCGCAGUGCGCGCGCUCGGCGUCAGCGUCGACGCGCUCCUGUUCAACGCGGACAGCGACUACCGACAACAGGUCAUAUACCGGCUGGCCAAAGCGAACUCAAAAGAGCACGCAAGAAUGGCCUGCUCGCUGGCUCUCAAGUACGGGCUGGAUCUGCUGGACGUGUGGCUGUACCACGUGGCCUCGGACAGGACGCUGUCGCACAUCGCGCCGGAGGCUAUUGAGGAUAUCGCGCGCAGCCCAAAUGCGCAUGCGCGCACUCUUGAAGUCCUAUGGCCAGAGGUAGAGGGCACAAACUACACAGCGCUGAUAAAUUUCUUCUCUCUACUGAACAAAGUGGAUGAGAAGCCGCCGGUGUACGGAUUGACGGCUACUGAACAUAUCAAGCUAUUGAAGAAGGCUAAAGCUGCUUCGCCUGAUCUGGACUACAAACUGCUCUUGGAACAGCCAUCAGAAGAGCGCUUCAUGGCCCAUAUAUUAUCCAUCAUCAAGCCAGAAAACGUAGCGCUGUUAACCAAGUUCCUGCGCACUUUGCCACCUUCCUUCCGCAUCCCGGUGCCCGUCAAUACGAUAUACACGCGCUGGCUCACCAAGUUCUUCUUUGACGUGCCACAAUCAUCAGCGAACAACAAGAAAUGGAUGCAGCAGUACCGCGAGUGCGUGAGCUACUUCAACAAGCUGUCCAAAGAGGAUAUACUUACCUUCGUUGAGAAUACGUGCUUCUCGCAAGAAGCUAUAGAACGUGUGGGCGGCUCCACUCGACAGCUAAUGGUAGCACAAGCGGCGGACUACUGCCAGCUCGAACACGAAAAUGACGCCAAGAUCAACCCCGGGUCAGCAGCGUGGUCAAGCGUGGGCCAAGAGCUGAGCCGAUGGGCGCGGUUCCUGGAGAACUUCCACUCGGAGGCGGUACAAAAUAUUCGUCAAGCUUGCGAUCCCCCACCACAAUUGUGGACCGAGCUGGAAAUGACUCACGGCGACGUGGACAAAGUACUGCCGAUAGUCAGCCAGCUUUUGCUGAGCCCGGUGCUGCGAGCCAGCGCGCUGGACUCGCUGCUGCACUGCCUCAACCUGCGGCUCGACCUGCCGCAGCUGUUCCACUUCGCCGCUGACCAGCUGCUGCACGAUGUGGAGUCCACCCAAACGCUCGUGACCCGCAUGACGCAAUAUCACAAGGAGGGCAUCAAAUUCCCAGAAGAUCUUGUAGAGAAAGUGCUACAAGUGGCGAGCGAGCGUGGUCUAGCGCCUCACAAGCGGCUCGGCUUGUUGGCUCUAGCUGGUGCGAGGCCACAGGGCGCUGACUUAAUGACGGUAGCCGAUUCCACUGUGGAUUUGUUCAAGACGGAGUGGGCGGACGAUGAGUACGUGGCUGGGUUAAAUGAGGACAUGGUGCUAUCUGAAGAGGGCAGAUCGCAAGUGUUCCGCGCGCUGGUCCCGCGCAGCGACACGUGGGCGCGGCGCCGCGCGCUCGCCGACGCGCUGCAUUGCUGGCCGCACACGCCCUGCGCCACUACAUCGCACAGCCUGCACUGCGAAUACAUUCGCCACAUGCUGCUCGAGUCGAGCGGUCACGCGGAGAACUUGGUCCUCAUCAAAAUGCUGCUGAGGAGGCCCGUGCUUACUGAACAGGAAGUGCAAUACUUACUUACCGAUAUAGAGGGAAGGGCGGUGAUGAACGCCGUCUGGGUUCUGUUGAUGAGCAAGUGUGACAACUACGAGGAUAUGUUGUGUAAACUGCUUGCUGAUCACAAGGAAACAAUUCAGAAUGAAGAAAUUGAAGAAGACCUGAUCAAGGAAGUCCUAGAUCAAGGAUUGUUUAUUAAAUUAGUAUCUAGUCCUCUUUAUUCGUCUAUUAUUAAUUACAUUCUUGGUAGUGAGGUGUCGAGUGGCGAGCCAACGUGCUCCUACACUGUGAAUAGAGCAGUGGAUGAAUUGAACAAAGCCAACUUCAUAGCGGAAGCAGGACAUCUCAAGUUAAUGUAUAUGGGUGUACCUACACCAUUACGUGGUUUCUCUCAAUCUGUACUAUAUUUUAAAAAUGUAUUUAAGUAAAUCAAUAUAUUUAUUCGCGCAAAUUGUAUAUUAUUAAGUUAUUAAAU